AUGGAUGAGGACGAGGGCGCGGACGCGCGCGGGAAGAGGGAGAUGGAUGCGAUGGAUGCGAUGGCCGAGACGGCGGACGCCGAGACGGCGAGAACGAUUCCGCCGCUCCCGGGGGAGGACGCUGCCCUGGUCGCGGAAUAUUACGCGCAGUUUCAAGUCAGAAUGGAGCUUGAUCGGGCACGGCUAGCGCGGCGCGCGGCGGUGCGGGAGGACGAGGCGGUGUCGGCGAACGACGACGACGACGACGACGACGACGAAUCCGAGGAUUCGUCGUCCCAAACGGAAUUCGGCGAGGAGAGCGACGCGGAGGACGACGACGCGGAGGACGACGACGCGGUCGAGGUGAUCUCGAAAUCAGAUGUCGACAUACGAGAUAACGCAUUCGAUCGAUUGCGUUUGAAAGCGAUCGAAGCGUACCGUGAGCUCGAGAAGCGAAUCUAUCGAGUCGCGCGAGAAGGCGCCGAAGCCAUCGCACCGUUGAGUCGAGAUUUGUGGGAUCGCUUUGUGCGCUGCACGAGACGGAUGGCGCGGCGCAAAUUCGAUCUACAAAAAGAAGCAUCAUCGCUCACAGACGUCAUCGUCGUCGUCACCGCGUCCGGAAUCGCGUUUAUCGUCGCGCGUAAAUGCUUCUCCGCGUUGAUGGCGAGAAACGAUCGGGCCGAACGCGCCGCUCGAUCCGUCGAAAUCGAUCUCGCGCGGUGCUGGCACGACGCAGGAACUUACGGAUACUUUGUUUAG